UGAUGUUACUGAUGUUUGGGAUUGACAUUUCGUUUAGAUUAUUUGUAUGGGUACGGGUAGGCGAAAAUGCAUGUUUAAUUUAAAACUAAAAUAUUUUCCUCAUAUUUUGAAUAAAAGAAUAAAAAUCAUGAUGAUUCCGGAAGAAGUGCAACUUAUGAUAGAAAAAAUAUGCCGUUCAUGUAUGUGUGAAAGUGCCGAGAUGAACAAUGUUUUCGAGAAAAUGGUGAAUGCUCAAGAGGAAAACAUUUUGCUUUCCCAUAUGAUUAUGGCCUGUUCUGCGGUCCAGAUCUCAUUGGGUGAUGGCCUCCCAUACCUCCUUUGUAACAAUUGUGAAGAAAAAUUAAAUAUUGCAUAUGAAUUUAAGGUGCAAUGUGAAAAAUCUGAUACUGCAUUACGAGAACUUACAGGGCAACAAGAAAAAUCUAAAACAGAUACUGAAGAAGCUAUUGUUAUACAGCCUGAUGUUCAUGAUUCUUUAUAUGAAGAGGAUGAAGAAGAUGAAAUUCCGCUAGCCAAGCGAAGGAGGAGUAUAUCACAGAACGACCUAACUUGCACUCACUGCCUUAAACUUUUUACUUCUCCCCAAGGAUUACGAGUACACAUUCGACAACAUACGGGUGAUGGAAUGAGAUACUGUCCAUUGUGUCCUCUAAAAUAUUCCAGAACCAACCAUUUGAUGCGUCACAUGAAAGACCAUGAUGAAACAGGAAAGAAACACUCAUGUAAAAUAUGCGCAGAGAGAUUUUCUCAUUGUUCCAAUUUAUUUAAACACAUGAAAGAACAUAUUGAAGAGGUUGACAAGGAAGACAGUAAGGAAAAGGUGAUAGUUAAUUUUAAAAAUGAAUCAGAUAUGGAAGGAGCACAACUUCAGACUGACAAAGGUGAUAGGACACAUGAGCUGCCAGAAGAUAAAAAUAAUGUAUGCGAAAAAGAAAACUUACAUGAAAAUGAAGAUAAACCUAACGUAAAUCAAUUCUUAGAAAAGAACCCACACUCUUCUGAAGAGUACGAUGACUCUAUGGAUGUUCCUCUAAGUAAAUUUCAAUUCAGUGACAAUGAUAACAACGCAGAUGAUACAGCAGAUAUCAACGAUGAUGCAAACGAUGAAGAUUUUGUAGUUGGAGUGCCUAAAAGUAAAAAACCUAGAGGAAGACCACCUUUAAAUAAAAAAGACCAUACUCUGUAUGAGUGUAAGGAGUGCAAUAAAAUUUUGACUACGUAUAGUGGUUUAAAUAUACAUCUACGGAGGCAUACUGGAGAACUGAAUAAGUGUGGGCAUUGUGAUAAAAGCUUCACAAAGAAAAGUCACCUCUCGAGGCAUUUAAUACAAGCACAUGGAAUCGCCCGAGCGAAAACCAAAAAUAAAGGUGAUAAAAAGGUCAGACAAUGUGAGUUUUGUGACAGAAAAUUCAAAUACAAAAAAAGCUUUCUUCACCAUAUGCAAGUUGAACAUGGUCUUUCUGACGCAGACAGUGACAACGAAGUGACAUGUGAGAAGUCUCAAGAAAAUACAGAACCUACCAGUGAUAUUAAUAUUAAAAAUAAUUUAGAAAAUACAGAGUCAGAACUAAUUAAAGACAGCGAAACUAGCAAUGAUGCUAUCUUAGCCGAAAUUAUGCAAAAAAUUGAGCCUUCAGAUGACAUGCAGGAAAUUACGCAUUUAGAUGAGGAAACAAAACAAAAAAUUAAAAUUUAUACUUGCGAGGUGUGUAGUGCUCAAUUUGCAAGGGCAAAUCAUUUGGAUCGUCACAUGACUUUGCAUAGAAGUCUUUUAAAUCAUAAAUGUGAUCAGUGUGAGCAGUCAUUUUAUACUGAAGCUCUGUUGAAACAACAUUUAGAACAGCAGCAUGUCAAUAAACCGUAUAUUUGCACAAUUUGCAAUAAACCAUUCAGCAGGGGAGAACAUUUAAUACGUCACCUUAAGCUCCAUCAGGAGGUUACUGAGGAGGGCCAGCAUAAGUGUUCGAUAUGUGAAAUGGUAUUUACCAGGUCGGAUCAUCUUGCGCGGCACACAAAAACUCAUUUGAUGCAAGACAAACGUCAUGUGUGUAUAGAGUGCGGCAAAGCAUUUAACCGACUAGAUAACCUGAAAACUCAUCAAAGAAUACAUACCGGCCUUAAAGAUAAUUCGAAGCUACAUUUAUGUGUUUAUUGUGGCAAAGAAUUUAAUAAUUCCAGUAAUAUGAUUGUUCAUAUGAGGAGACACACUGGUGAACGGCCCUAUAAGUGUAAUGAAUGUGGUAAAGGAUUUCCACGAUCCCACGACUUAAAAUGUCAUGAGAGGACACAUAGCGGAGAAAAGCCUUAUUUAUGUACCUUAUGUGGCAAGUCGUUUAACAAAAGCAAUAAAUUGUUACGGCAUAGCCGAGUUCAUACAGGGGAACGUCCGUAUGUGUGCAACAUCUGUUCACGUGCGUUUACCCAGUCGAAUGAUCUGGCCUUGCACAUGCGCCGACAUACUGGAGCCAGACCGUAUGCUUGCGGGGUUUGUCCUGCUAGAUUUAUACAGAGCGGACAGCUUAAAAAUCAUCGAAGGCAAACUGGACAUUGGAUGGAGACCAUGCCAGAUUUGAAGGGCGGUCAUAGAGUUGAGCCUGUUACCACAGCAGUAGAACCGAUCCCAAUCAAAUUUAAAUCUUUCGGGAAAAGCAGAAUGGUAGUGAACUCUGUAGUCAAGGAAGAAAAACCGCCAUCGGAGCAGGCUAUUAGCAAAAAUCUAUUACCUCAAGAAGUCCCCUUACCUGAGCAUAUGCCAUCUCCCAGUUUAGAAGGGGCUCAGAUGCAACCGCCUCAAAGAGUUUUAAUGGGUAUUAUGGGAAACUUAAAACUGGCUACUCAUGGACAGGGAUUGGUAAUAGAUACCAAUAAGUUAGUGGAGUUACCAGGAGGGCAAUUAGGUCUAGUCUCCCUGCCUGCAGUGGUGCAAGGAGCAAAUGGGGAAGAAAUUAAACUGAAGACGGAGAUUGCUGGCUUUAAUCUCCCUCAAGUAGAAGGGAGUGCAGCUAAGCAUGAGGUUAGUACUUCUACUAAUUUUCAUGGAAGUGAAGCUGUGUCCUUUUCAAAUGUGCCGACGUUUAGUACGACAGAAACUUUUACAUUUCAGACAUUUAACUGAGGCUUAAUUUCUUAAAAUGUUGUUUGUUCGAUUUUGAGCCUCAUAAGUGGCGAAAUAUUUUAUUUACAGAUAUGUUUAAAAUAAAGUUUCUUCUCGACACAACCGGUUUAGGAUUUCGAAUUUGUGUCAUUUAUUUUGAUCUCGGAAAUGGCUAUUUUGGGUACGAGCGAUUUAAAUGUCUAUCUGUAUUUAUUUGAUGUGUUAGAUCAGUGUUGUAGAUUUCCAUUUGAGAUAUUAAAGACAUUGCAAAAAAGUACAAUUUUUAUUACCAUUUAAAAUAUUAUUCACAUUUAACUUGAUCUUACCGUAUGGAUGAUAUACGAGUAUGAUUAAGAAACAAACUUCUUUUUAUGUCACCUAUAUUUUUUUUAACUUUUUUUAUUAAAGGUUUUUAAAGUUAUUUUUUGUAAACUUAAGUUAAUGUAGUAAAUCUUAUCAAUUGAUUAGCAAUUUUUUUCUUGUAUAUAUUCUAAAACCUUUAUAUUUCGUCGAAAUUUGUAAGUUAUAUUAGCAUGUAAUAUGUAUAGUUUAUAAAUGAUAAUAAAUUCAUGAAUUUUUUAUAUUGUGACAA